CUCAUUUCUACUCAAUACCAUCAAAACAAUCAGAUUCACCACUAAAAAAGUUCUGUUUCUCCAAUUCCACAUUGUUUCUGCUUCUUCCUCCAGCAGGAGAAGAAUACUCAAGAAAUUAGUGUGUGAAGCGAGAAUCCUAUCGAUCUUUCUGAUAUAGUGAUAAAAUGAGGCAAAGCAGAUCAAAGAUACUGCUGCUAUUAGUAGGAGUAUUAGCAUGUUUGGGUGCUGUUAUGGUAGUCGAAGCAGAGGACCCAUACAGAUAUUUCACUUGGGUUGUUACCUAUGGUACCAUUAGCCCCCUUGGUAAACCACAACAGGGUAUUCUCAUCAAUGGACAGUUCCCUGGUCCAAGACUUGACUGUGUCACUAACGAUAAUGUUAUCAUCAAUGUCAUUAACAAGAUUGAUCAACCUUUCCUUCUUACAUGGAAUGGGAUCAAGAACAGGAAGUCCUCGUGGCAAGAUGGAACCCUUGGAACUAAUUGUCCAAUCCCUCCAGGCCGUAACUUCACAUACCACCUUCAAGUUAAAGAUCAAAUCGGAACAUUCAUGUAUUUCCCCUCAUUACAAAUGCACAAGGCUUCCGGUGGAUUCGGAGGAAUCAAUAUGUAUACUCGACCAAAAAUUCCGCUUCCAUUUGCAGAACCAGCUGGUGAUUUCCAUUUGCUCAUUGGUGACUGGUACAAGGCUGGCCAUAAGGCAUUGCAGAACACUUUGGACUAUGGGAAAAAACUUGCUUUUCCAGAUGGCUUACUGAUUAACGGGAAACAAAAAGGAAUCAAGUUUAGGGGAGAUCCAGGGAAAACCUAUAUGUUUAGAUUAUCAAAUGUUGGUUUGUCAUUAUCAAUCAACUUUAGGAUUCAAGGUCAUAAAAUGAGGUUGGUUGAAAUGGGAGGGUCACAUACUAUUCAAGAGACAUAUGAUUCUCUUGAUGUCCAUGUCGGUCAAUCACUCGCAGUUCUUGUAACGUUUAACCAACGAGCUAGAGAUUAUUUUAUAGUCGUUUCCUCACGGUUUACCUCCCCUGUUCUCACUUCCACCGGAUACAUUAAGUACUCAAACUCGAAAGUUAAAGCUUCGGGUGCUCUGCCAGUUGGUCCUACUACCCAUGUUCCCUGGUCUAUGAAACAAGCUCGAAGUUUCAGAUGCAAUUUGACAGCGAGUGCAGCGAGGCCGAACCCUCAAGGUACAUACCAUUAUGGAAGCGUAAAGAUAAUGAAGACAAUCAGGUUAUCUAACUCAGAAGCUAAAAUUAACGGAAAACUGCGGUAUGCUAUUAAUGGGAUGUCUUAUAUAAACCCCGAUACUCCACUUAAGUUAGCUGAUUGGUUCAACAUUCCUGGAGUGUUCGACUUAAAGAGUUUCAACAAAAAAACUUCGAUUGGAGCUCCAGCUAAAUUUGGAACUCCUGUUAUUGGAGCUUUGCUUCAUGACUUCGUCGAAAUCAUCUUCAGUAACACGGAAAACACCAUCCAAUCUUGGUACCUUGCUGGAAAUGACUUCUGGGUCGUCGGGUAUGGACCUCUGAAGUGGUCAGCAGCACAAAGGAAACACUACAAUUUAGUGGAUGCUCCAAAAAGUUACACAAUCCAGGUAUACCCAAAGUCAUGGACUGCAAUAUUGUUGCCAUUAGACAACAAGGGAAUGUGGAAUUUGAGGUCUCAAAUCUGGCCAAGAAGGUAUUUGGGACAGGAAUUGUAUGUAAAAGUAUGGAAUGAUGAGACAAGUCUAUACACCGAGUACAAUCCUCCUCCAAACACGCUUUUUUGCGGGAAAGCUAGAGGUAAACAUGUCUAGUAAUCAGUGUUACUUUCUACACUAUUUAAGUUCCCUGAAGUAAGCUAAGUAGCUUUUUUACUUGUUACAAUUUUACUGUCAUUUAGUAUCAUCUUCUACAGCGAAUAUUAAAAGCGGCCA